UGUUUUCAAUCAUAUUAACGAAUCUAUAUUGGUUCUAGAAAUUCAUCAUUAAAUGGAAAUAAAAUUUGUUGGGUUGACGCAUUGAUGAAGUUAGUAUUAACAAAUAACAAAGUUAUUUUAAUAUGAUACAAAUUUUGUGAUAGUAAUAAGAAAGUGUUUCUUUGUGAACCGCAAAAACGCGGUUUUGAUGGGAGUGGUAGGGCCAUCACGGCACUCUAGAGUGUCCAUGAGCGUGUCGAUGUCGCUGAUGCAGGGUGGCGGGCCUCUUACGGGGACGGCCGGGGUUAACUCAGCCCAGAUUGUCCUCGACGCAUCAUCUAUAACCCAGCCACCCACUACAUAUUAUCAUUCAACAAUACCAGGAAGUCUUCAAUCGCAUUCACAAUCUUCAAAUCAAGAUACCAUUCAACCUGAUAGACCCAUUGGUUAUGGUGCUUUUGGUGUCGUUUGGGCUGUAACGGAUCCAAGAGAUGGAAGAAGGGUUGCUUUAAAAAAACUACCGAAUGUUUUUCAAAGUUUAAUUAGCAGCAGAAGAGUGUUUAGAGAAUUAAAAAUGUUAUGUUUUUUUAAACACGAAAAUGUACUUUCUGCAUUGGAUAUUCUUCAACCGCCACAUCUGGAUUUUUUUCAAGAAAUAUAUGUUAUUACGGAAUUAUUACAAAGCGAUCUUCACAAGAUAAUCGUUAGCCCUCAGCAUCUCAGUGCUGAUCACAUAAAAGUAUUUUUGUAUCAGAUACUUCGAGGUCUUAAGUAUCUCCACUCUGCUAGAAUUUUACAUCGUGAUAUCAAACCAGGGAAUCUUCUCGUAAAUAGCAAUUGUAUUUUAAAGAUUUGUGAUUUUGGAUUAGCACGAGUGGAAGAGUUGGAUAAAAAGAAAUAUAUGACUCAAGAAGUAGUCACACAGUAUUAUAGAGCACCAGAAAUUCUUAUGGGUGCAAGACAUUACACAACUUCUGUUGAUAUUUGGAGUGUGGGUUGUAUUUUUGGGGAACUUUUAAGGCGGCGUAUUCUAUUCCAAGCUCAAAGCCCUGUUCAACAGCUCGAGUUAAUUACAGAAUUGUUGGGAACACCUAGCCUUGAAGAUAUGAGAUAUGCUUGUGAAGGUGCAAAAUCUCAUAUGCUCAGGCGUACUCCUAAGCCACCAUCAUUAACCGCACUAUAUACUUUAAGUAAUCAAGCCACACAUGAAGCUGUACAUUUGCUGUGUCAAAUGCUAGUCUUUGAUCCUGAUAAACGGAUUACAGUAAGCGAUGCCUUAGCUCAUCCAUAUUUAGAUGAAGGAAGAUUGAGAUAUCAUUCUUGCAUGUGUAUGUGUUGUUAUACAACUAAUGCGGGUCUGCGGCAAUAUACAAAUGAAUUUGAACCAAUCACUGCACAUUCUUUUGAUGAUCUUUGGGAACGGAAGCUUACAUGUGUUCAACAAGUAAAAGAGGAAAUGCACAAGUUUAUUGCUGAACAACUUAAUACUUCACGUGUACCUCUUUGUAUUAAUCCGCAAUCCGCAGCUUUCAAGAGUUUUGCCAGGUAAAGGACACUAGCAAGUUCGAGUAUGAUUGAUAUCAAAGAAAUAAAAGCUGUAAAUUAAAAUAUAUAUUUCAUUAUA